AAGUGGCAAGGGAGUCCUGUGGCUGUUCAGUGGCUGAGCCUGGAAUCCGGCCCAGCACCUCCCGACUCUCAAGCGAGCUCUCUCUCCCUUGCAGGCAUCCCCACCCUCAUCGUGCUGGACCCCCAGGGGGAGGUGAUCACGCGGCAGGGGCGUGUGGAGGUGCUGAACGAUGAGGACUGCAGGGAGUUCCCGUGGCACCCCAAGCCCGUGCUGGAGCUCUCCGACUCCAACGCCGUGCAGCUCAACGAGGGCCCCUGCCUCGUCCUGUUUGUAGAUUCUGAGGAUGAUGGGGAGUCUGAGGCAGCCAAGCAGCUGAUCCAGCCAAUAGCCGAGAAGAUCAUUGCCAAGUACAAAGCCAAAGAGGAGGAGGCGCCACUUCUGUUCUUUGUGGCAGGGGAGGAUGACAUGACUGACUCCCUGCGCGAUUACACCAACCUGCCGGAGGCUGCCCCUUUGCUCACCAUUCUGGACAUGUCAGCCCGGGCCAAGUACGUGAUGGACGUGGAGGAGAUCACCCCCGCCAUUGUGGAGGCCUUUGUGAAUGACUUCCUAGCAGAAAAGCUCAAACCAGAGCCCAUCUAGGGGGCUCCAGCCUCAGGAGACGUUAUUUAAAACUUGGUCUUCUCCUCUUCCUCCUCCCCUUCCUUCCCUCCACCCUUGGACUUUUCCAGCGUGUCCCGAAUCACACAACCCAAGUGUCCAACCUCUCUGUGGUGCCUUGUUUUCUGCAUUAACUCCUCAGCCAGCACCCUAAGGUGCACAGCCUCUCCGCAGCACAAGAACCCGCCGUGUCUGGAGACCCUGCUCGGGACCAGCGCGCCCCCCGUCACGGGCUCUCGAUGAAGUACGUACCCGCUGGUCCUGCGCCUAGCGAGCAUGAAGGGAGAGCGCCCCGGCGCUCUGGCCCCGCCCCCGGCGUCCGCACGGCACGCAGGGCCCAGGCCAGCGCAGUGACGCAGUGACGCACGUCCGUACGUGCGGGUGGAGCAGGGAAAGGGCCUCGGGCUCGCGAAGCCUCCGCUCGGAGCUGCUGACGGGAACGGCCUUUGUCUUAAGUGAGUCCGUCUCUCUCUCGGUGUGAGGGAAAAACACCGGCUUGGCACCUCGUUCUCGGGCCAGGGGAUCGCAAGAUCGCGAAGGAAGCUCGUGCUCCUUCUUGGGGAGAAAAGGACUAGCUCUGGUAACGAUUCGUGUAGUAACUGCUUCCUCCGAGCUCCUACCACGUGAUAAGAGCUUCUCGUGUUUUCCUUACGUCUUUCUUCCUGGAUCUUACCUUCUCCAAGUUUCUGCCUUCUCGUACGAACAGUCUCUACUGUCUUGGAAUUUUAUUCAUAAAUUCUUCCCCCUUGGACAGCUUCCCGAGAGGCACCCAGCCCUGUGUCCUUAGAGGAGAGCGCAGACCUCUGACUCGGCCCAGCUCUGGGCCUGGGGCCACUGCGGCUCUGCCCAGGUGCCUGUGUCCGCCUUUGGUUACCCGUCAUCCCUCUUUUCUUUUCAAAGCAGAACUAAAAAGAGACAAGAAAUUACCAGAAGCCUAGCUUUUCCCUAAGAACCUGCACAAGGAGCUGUGUCAUAGGGUGGCAGUGGGAGCAGAGGACUUGUCCACUAAAAGUAGGCCUUGGAUCCACUCGGCUAGGCUCCAGUAGCUUGGCUCUCACAGAAGAAAAAUAACAGUUGUGUCCUUGGCACUUGGGGUGGAGGGCUUUGCCUAGGGGUUCACAGGGUUUGGGCCUCUCUCGACCAGGCGUUAGGGUCUUUCAUACGGUCACAGGCCUUACCCUUGGCUCCACUUGUCAGCCAAGACCACCGAUUUGGAAAACCCGGCCCCCCACCAGCUGUUGACACCACUGCUCCUUGCUGAAUUGGAUUGUUGACGAGUAGUUCAGAGGCACAAAGUUAGUUGGUAAUUAGACAGUUACUUGAUGGCGCAAGCCUGAAAUGCAACCACCUAGUAAGAAAUAAAGCAGGCAACUCUGGACAUCAUCAACGACUUGGCCUUUCCUGUGCUUAAUAACAGAGAUCUUUUUGCUUGUAGUGCUGGGCUCUGGGGGGGAGCAUACAAGAUCCUCUUGACUUUCUUUGGAUACCUUAGUAGCUGUGUUCCAGAAUUAUCGAGAACUGGUUGCCUGAAGCCAAGGAGUUCCUUUGGCGUAGAGCACCAGAGGCAGAUCCCUGCCGGAGCUCUGGCUGCCAUCUCUCCUGGUUCCACUUGUGCUGGCGGAGGGUGGAUUCUCUGGUCACAGGCCUCCUUGUGGACCCUGGUGCUCAUUCCCUCCCCACAGGGGAACAAGUGCUCUGAAGCCCAAGGAGGCCAGUUGCAGAAACGAGGAAUCCCACGCAGGUCUCCCUGUGAAGAACAGGCAAUAGCUGGAGACCCUCAGCCCUAGCUCUAGCCUGGGCUAGGGGCUUCUCUGGAAACCCUGCCUGUGUCUCCUCUGGGUGUGCGGUGGAUGCGGGGACAAGGUGAGCUCCACCUCACUUGGAAGAUGGGUUUCUUUGGAUUUCUGCCUGUGUCCCAUAUCAUGAUAGCCUUGGAGAAAAAGUGGUCUCUCUCAGCAACUACUUCUCUUCUGGUGCAGAAGGAACAGAGUCUAGUGAGGGGUCCCUGUAAGUCCCUGCAGCAGAAAAAUUAGGUCAUCUGUGAUUGUCCUCUGGCCUUACGGCGCUGACUGAACUACUUGCCACUAAGGGCAGCGGGCUCCCUACCACCAGAAUUCCCCUCCGAGAGUGAGUGUGUAGCUUAGGAUCAGUGGGAAGGUUUACUACAAAAAAGCUUUAGGUUUAUAUGGCGGCUUUGAGGGGAAACGCUGGGGGAGGACCACUUCACCAGUGCCAGGAAAACCCUGUCUCAGUGGUGCCAGAGAUCCUAAAGGUUCUUGAUGCAGACAGAGUGGGUGGUUUCCUAAUUCCCACUAAGCAGCUCCAAAAUACCUUAAUUCUUGUCACUAAUUGGAAGCAGGUUAAAACUCUGGCUGUGAUCUCUUCAAGGGCUUCCGUCAGCAACGAGGGAAACCCGCGCCCCAGCAGGUUGAGGCAGGAAGGUGGGCUGUAAAAAUGCCACCCUGGGGUUCCAGAUCUUGUGCUCGCCACAAUGACCUCCAGAUCCGAUUCUACCCAUUUUCACAACAGAGAUGAGAUUUUUUUACCUGUCCCCAACAAUAAAGAUCUGGUUAA